AUUCAUAUUUAUUUGUUUUUACAGUGGCCUUAAACUUCCAGACGCCAGGAAUACCAAUGGAACUACAAAAUGGGAAAUUCUUAGACAAUGGUGGCUGUGGAUACAUUCUGAAACCAGAAUUCCUGAGAAAUCGCAAUUCGACAUUCAACCCACACAACGUGGGAAGAUAUAGUAAACCAAUAUCUCUGUCAAUAAGGCUCAUCAGUGGUCAUCAGUUACCACCCAGUAACCUGUCGAAGAGUAACAAAGCUGACCCUUUAGUGCAGAUAGAAAUUUAUGGUGUGCCAGAAGAUCAAGCAAAAAGAAAAUCUAGUGUCAUAAAAAGCAAUGCAUUGAGUCCUAGAUGGGAUGAAACUUUCUCUUUUACCGUCCAAGUUCCAGAACUAGCACUGAUACGCUUCUGUGUACAAGAUGAGAUCUCUCUGGUUGCAAAUGAUUUCCUUGGUCAAUACACUUUACCACUGCUGAGUCUGAGUAAAGGUAACAUCUUUUUAAGUUACUGCACUGUUCCCCUGUUUUCCAAACGUGGUGGCAAACUUGAACCUGCAUCUCUGUUUGUGUAUGUCUGGUACUACUAAUAAUGCUCUGCAAUAGUUGUCAUUCUGGUGACUCACACCCCACUCAAUAAAACAACAUCACUUGGCUUGCAACAA